GAUAGGCUUUUCAGUCUUCAACUGCUGGUUCCUUCUUCUUCUGCUUCGUCUGCCACUCGUCUCUCUAACAAAGCAUAAACCAAAGCCGUUGCCCAAAUUCCACUCGUCUUCUUCUCAUCUUUCUUUCAUUCUCUGCUACAAUGGCGAGCUAGAACCUUUUUCUCUCUCUUUCUUUAUCCACAAAUGGAUUGCUUUUGAGCUUUGCCGAAAUGUGUGGUACGCUUCGAUUUCAACUCCGUCUCUUUGGGUUUUAUCGGUUUCGGAUUCAAUUAUCGCCCUCCUUAUUUUCUUCAAUCGCUUAUCCACACCGCCUGUUCGGUGAUUUCGUUGAAAGUUUGUGUAGUUUAGGAGUUGUUAGUAAUGGUGUCUGCUAAUGACCCAAUCGAAUCUUUUUUCAACUCGAUUCAAGUUGUUAAGGAAGCGCUUUCGCCUGUCGAAUUGGGCUUCCGGAAAGUAGCGAAGGAUCUUGAGUACUGUUUACCGGGGCAUAAGAAUGAGGAAAAUUUCAUAAGAUUGAUUUUGCGACCUAAGGAUGAGGAUAAGCAGAGCCAAGGUGAGAUCUGUGGUACGAAGGUACGGGGUCCUUAUGUUGCUGGGGAUAAACGGAAGCAAGGUUUAUCCAUUAACGUUCCAGUAAAGGCUUUCUUAGGAAACUUCUCGCGGAAGUCGGUGAAUUCGGAGGCUUCUGAUAGUGCAUUGAAAGAGGAAGAUUUGGCUAAGGAGGAGGCAUCUUGUGCGAACUGCUUGCAGUUUGCAGUCUCUUGGUCUUUGUUGGUUAACAAUGUUGUUCAGGCACUUCCCCGCCCUUUUAAAACAAUUAAGAAGCGAUUACAGAAAACGGAUGAGGAGGAAAAGAUAGGUUUGUGCACGAAGCAAAAAGUUUCACGUGAGUCAAAACGAAGGCAGAAGGAGAAGCAGCAUAAUAAACCAUUUCAGGAAAGUUUGAGGCACGAUGAAGGAAAACAUGUGCCAUUUGAGUGCUUAAUAGGUUUUGUUUUUGAUCAGUUGACACAGAAUCUUCAAAAGUUCGAUCUUCACGGGGCAGGAAAUGUUGAUAAGUGCUAUGAUACUUCCCCACAGUCACCAUUGUCCCCUCAGGUUGAUCAUUUCAAGGCUGUGGCAAGCAUUUGGGAAGGUCGAAAAGCAGAAGUAAAUGGGUUUUUCGGGAACUUGAGGUUUGCAAGAGUUGGAGGUGUUCCAUCAGGCAUAGUGGGAGUCAGUUCUUCUGUGAACGAGGGGGAUGAUGGGGUAUCUGCUCAGAGUAGGGAAGAAACUAGUGGAAUUUCACCACAAAAACUAGCGAGUGGUAUUCUUAGCAUUCCUCUCUCUAAUGUUGAACGCUUGAGAUCUACAUUAUCUACUGUGUCAUUGACCGAGCUUAUUGAGCUUUUACCACAAGUAGGGCGGUCUUCUAAAGAUUAUCCAGACAAAAAGAAAUUGAUCUCAGUUCAGGACUUCUUCAGAUACACAGAGGCUGAAGGAAGGAGGUUCUUUGAGGAGCUGGAUAGGGACGGUGAUGGCCAAGUGACUAUGGAGGACCUUGAAAUUGCAAUUAGAAAGAGAAAAUUGCCCAAACGAUAUGCUCGGGAGUUCAUGAAUCGCACUAGAAGUCACAUAUUUUCGAAGUCAUUUGGUUGGAAGCAAUUUUUGUCCUUCAUGGAACAGAAGGAACCAACCAUUCUACGUGCAUAUACUUCUCUCUGUCUCAGCAAGUCAGGGACUUUGCAAAAAAGUGAAAUAUUGGCAUCACUUAAGAAUGCUGGACUCCCUGCCAAUGAAGACAAUGCUGUUGCUAUGAUGCGAUUUCUUAAUGCAGACACUGAAGAAUCUAUCUCAUACGGACAUUUUCGAAAUUUUAUGUUGCUUCUUCCUUCAGAUCGACUGCAAGAAGAUCCACGGAGUAUCUGGUUUGAAGCUGCUACGGUUGUUGCUGUUCCACCGCCUGUGGAAAUACCUGCUGGCAGUGUUCUAAGAUCUGCAUUGGCUGGGGGUCUUUCUUGUGCUCUGUCUACUUCUUUAAUGUUUCCAAUCGAUACAAUUAAGACUCGCGUACAGGCAUCAUCAUUGACUUUCCCUGAAAUCAUAUCCAGGAUUCCACAGAUAGGUGUGCGAGGUCUGUACCGCGGCUCAAUCCCUGCCAUUCUAGGACAGUUUUCAAGUCAUGGUUUGCGAACUGGAAUAUUUGAAGCAACUAAACUUCUUCUGAUAAAUGUAGCUCCGACACUACCAGACAUACAGGUCCAAUCCCUUGCAUCGUUCUGGAGUACAUUUUUGGGAACUGCAGUGCGGAUCCCAUGUGAGGUAUUGAAGCAGAGGUUGCAGGCAGGACUCUUUGACAAUGUAGGACAGGCCAUUCUGGGGACUUGGAACCAAGAUGGCCUGAAGGGGUUUUUCCGUGGGACUGGUGCCACUCUUUGUAGGGAAGUUCCAUUCUAUGUUGCCGGCAUGGGACUUUAUGCUGAAUCCAAAAAGGCUGCUGAGAAACUUCUUUCACGAGAACUUGAGCCAUGGGAAACAAUUGCAGUUGGGGCAUUGUCAGGCGGGCUAGCUGCUGUUGUUACAACACCUUUCGAUGUGAUGAAGACAAGAAUGAUGACAGCUCAAGGUCGAUCAGUAUCAAUGUCAUUCGUUUUCGUUUCAAUUCUUCGCCACGAAGGCCCCAUCGGCUUGUUCAAAGGAGCAGUUCCUAGGUUCUUCUGGAUUGCGCCUUUGGGUGCCAUGAACUUUGCAGGCUAUGAACUAGCAAGGAAAGCAAUGGACAAAAAUGAAGAGGUAGCAGCAGCUGACCAAUUGUCUCAAAAGAAAGCCGCAGCUGGUUCUGGUUAAACUCCUCACUCCCCUCCUCUUUUUGGAUCCCGUCAUAAAGGUCGUGGUUUCGAAGCAUUUUGUCCACGUAAAACCCGCACACUCCCUCUGGUUGUUCUGGGUUUUCUUUUUCCUCACUAUAUUUUCACAGAAAUCAGUUGGAUGGAUUUUCAUCUGUCGACAUCACUGCCAUUUUCUUCAAGACUUGAUGUUACUUUCAAGUUUCAAUCGAACUUUUCUUAGCUUUUCAAUUUUUUCUGGGUAGACAUUUGAGCUUCCCUUCUGGCAAUUUAGAUCUAAAUAUCUCUCUCUCUCUAUAUAUAUAUAAAUACAUGCUGAAUGUAUUUUGCCCGAACAAAUAUCAAGUUGCACAUUUUUGUACAUUUAUGCCAGCCACCCCUUUGUUUUCCAAGUGUUUCAAGUUUUACAUAGAUAGAUACAUACAUGGUCUAUUAAUGUGCACAUUUUUGUACAUUUAUGCCAGCCCCCUUGUCUUC